AUGAAAGUUUUCAAAUCUACCACACGAACAGCGGUCACCGAAUGGAUCGAACGUAUGACAUCAGAUCAGUAUCAAGAGGAAGAUUUGUCUGAUAUGUUUCAAUUAUGUGAAGCAGUAACUCUGCAGGAAACCGGACCCAAAGAAGCGAGCAAAGCAUUAAGACGAGUGUUUAAAUACGGAAAUACACAUUCUCAUCUUCGGGGUCUUACUGUUUUGCAGACGCUGGUUGAGAAUUGCGGCGAGAAUUUCCAAGCGCAAAUUAAUUCACAAAAGUUUGUCGACCGUUUAAGAAUUCUUGCAAACUCUCCGAAUACCGAUCCCAGAGUUCACAAAAAGCUAAUGACACUACUUGCACAAUGGUCCAACGAUUUCGCGAAUCAGUCGAGAAUGUACGCAAUUAGUCAUUUGCAUGACAGUUUAACUUCCAGACGUGGCGGGAGUUUCAGUUCCACCAGAAGAGAUUCUGAACCGAAGCCGGUUACCCAAUCAUCGUCAUCUACAUCAUCGAAUCCAAGUCCUAAGGAGAAACGCAAAAACGUCAAGUCUUCAAAAACAGAAUCUCCUAACGCAAAGCCCCAAACUUAUUCCUCAGAUAAGAUCAACGAGGAAAUUGGGUUAGCAACACAGAAUGCCACAAAUCUUAUCAAUGCACUUACAUUGUUGGGUCCUAAAACUGAUGCCAAGAACGAUUUUGAACUUCAGGAAUUGGUUCAAAAAUGCAAAUCUUCAUCGGAGCAGCUAGUCAAAAUCAUAUCGACGGUUACGGAAGGAAGUAAACUAGGACCAUUAUUACAAUCUAACGACCAAGUACAAGGCGCAUUAUCAAUAUACUCGGAUUUUGAAUCUGGAAAUUCUGGAAUAUCAGAUGAUAGAAUUUCAUCUAUCACACGUAAAACAGAAGAUAAUGCGAAAGCAAAACGUUCUACUACUAAGAUUCGCAGGGAAACUGAUGAUCUUAUUGACUUUGAUACGUCGAAUUCCUCUGCAAAUAACGGUAUUGUUCCUGAUAACAGUUUGUUAGAUGAUCCUUUUGCUGACCCUGUCACACCUCCGAGAACGCCCGAGCCAGAACCUGGGCUGAGAUUUGAUUUAAAGGGCUAA